AAUGACCCUUUUCUGUGGAACUUUCAAUUUAGGAGAUCUAAAGACAGAUUCCAACAACACCGGAAGUAGAUUGACAGUCAUCUUUUUUAAUUUUUUGUCAGAAACUACAGGAAAUGGGUUUAUAGCACGAGAUAUUGAGUUUCAGAACAUGGCAGGGCCACAAGGAGCACAAGCCGUUGCACUAGCUAUAGCCUCAGAUCGCGCCGCUCUGUAUAGUUGUAGCAUUUCCGGUUACCAGGAUUCGCUGUACGCAGUCUCCCUUCGCCAAUUUUACUGCGAAUGUGACAUAUACGGUACCAUAGACUUCAUUUUUGGGAAUGCUGCUGCUGUAAUCCAAACUAGCAAUUUGAUCCUUCUCCAACCAGCUGAUGGAGCAUACAACUUGAUCCUGGCAAAUGGGCGGACCGAUCCAGGGUAAAACACAGGAAUCUCUAUCCAAACCUGCAGGAUUACUUUCAGCUCAGAUUUUUUUCCUAUUAGGCAUUCCUACAAAUCAUAUUUAGAGAGGCCCUGGAAACCGUAUUCCAGGGCGGUUGUGAUGGAAUCAAAUAUUGGUGAUGCAAUUGCACCGCAGGGAUGGAUUCAGUGGCCAGGGGGAAGUUUUUCUUCCAUUUCAACGCUAUACUUUUCUGAAUAUGUAAAUACAGGCCUCGGAGCUAGUACUUAUGGGAGAGUUAAUUGGCCUGGUUUUCAUAACAUUGAAGUAAUAGAAGCCUACAAAUUCACUGUUGAUUUCAUUGAUGGAAUGGGUUGGUUGCCCGAUACUGGAGUCCCUUUCUUGCCUGGUCUCGGUGGUCCAAUUGCGGCGGACUAUAGCUUGAAUUAAUACAGUCUAGAAAUAAGUAA